CUGCGAUGCGAAAUCCAUUGCGAUGCAAUUUUUCGAUACCACUGCAUUGCUUUGCAUACAUCUAGGUGGCAGCAUUGUUUCAUUUAAGAACACAGCUGAUGCAAUCAAAAUGGAUGUGACGGUGAAAAAAUUAGCAAUUUGCUCUUUCGCUGAGUUAUUUAGUGAAAAUCAAUCCAGUAGUGAUUUACUUAUUGCAAAAAAGAUGAGAAAAAGACACAAAUUGAUUUUUCACUUGUGGAAGACGCAGAGAAUCGCGAGAAAUAUUCCAAAAUGCAAAAAGUUUCUCGAGUGCAUUGAAGAAAUGCCCAACGAUGUCUUUUAUAGCCAUUUCAGGAUGCAAAUACAAACAUUCCAGACUCUUUGCGAAAUAGUACAACCCUUUUGGCCGGCAAAAAAUGCAGGACGUCCCAAUAUACGAUUGAAGCUAGCAUUGCAUAUUACGCUUUGGAGAUUAGGAAAUCAAAAUAGUUUCCGUGAAUUAAUCGUAUCAUAA